AUGAUGGCACAUGAAGUAUCGUCACCAAUACAAAUUAAUGAAAACACUCCUACAUUUCACAAUAGUUUAAAGAAGCCUUUGCGCCAAAACAGGAAGAAACAAAGUGAGGGAGACCAUGACCAGAUAAGAUUCCUUCCAAGUGGAGCUCCAGUUGACUUUGGAAAUGGUUCCAUAAAAUCGAAGAACAAUAGUUCCAAAAAACUCAAAGAACCAAUCAAAUUAUCAGCUUUGCCCUCUUUACCCAAUGGAGAGAGACCGAAAUUUCACAACGAUAGAGGGGAAACAAGAAGAAAGAAAGAGGGCGAGCAAAACUCAACUAAAGUCCAGAAUAAAUCGAAAAAGUCUCAACGCGGAGAGAACAAAGCACCGGUGGAGAUAUCUUUACCAAAUGGGGAAAAGCCAAAUUUUACUACAAGCAGCAACGGCAACGGCAACGGCAACGGCAACGGCAACAACAAUAGCGGUAACGAUAACGGCAACGGCAACGCUGGUAAUCUGAAACCCAAAAAGAAUAUUGGUAGGAAAGACAAAGGUGCUUCUGUAGUGGUGGAAGAAGAUUUAUCGACCUAUGCUGGUUCAUCAUUUCAUUCUUCGCCCGCUGCUUUGAAUCUCCCAAAACCCAAUUUCAAGCCUUCUCCAAAGCAAAGUGUGGUGAAGGAGGAUAUUGGAUUGUUGUCAUCAAAGCUGGUUGAUUCUUUAUCCACCACUUCGAACACGGCUAUUCCAACGCCUAUUGUCGCUUCUCCGAGUCCGUCAAGCCCAUCAUCUGCAGCACCUACAGUACCUACAGUACCUGCAGCAUCCACAACCCCUACUGCCAAUGCAUUGCCAUACCCACCGAAUGUAUUUUCCCAUCAGCUCAAUCCGAAUCAUCAUGUAUUUGCUCCUUCUCCUUAUACAUCGCAACAGACUCCUUAUCCACCUCAAGGAAACCAAGUGGCUUUUUCGCAUCAUUUAUCGCAGCCUAUUCCACCGCCUCCAUUGCCACCCAACCAAUUUUACAACCCGUAUUUGGGACCCGCGCAAAUCUUGCACCAUCACCAGCAAUAUCUUACACAGACGAGCCAGCCGGGUCAAAAGGUUACUUUUAAUCAGUUAUUGGGCUCGUCUAAGUGA